AUGUCUACGACACAAACGGACGCGGCGGAUAUUGCAAAAUCUAGCAGUGAGGAGGAACACCGGAAAGUCGAUGGAGGUACGGGUUCGGAAAGCGACGCGGAUUCCAAAUUGAAAUUCAUUCGAGACUUCUGGGAGAAGUAUGCUGAGCGAAAACUGCCUGCUCCUUCAUGGAUCGCGGCUCGAAAUGGGAUGCAUAAAUCCCGAGCUCUUGUUCGACCUUUGAGGCGCAGUGUAGGACCGGGCCGCAAAAUACGGCGCAACGCCAGAGACCCACGGAGACAUGGCUCGUCGCUAUAUCAUAAAACAGUGCGGCUUCUUGAGUCUGCGGAAAAGCGUGCUACAGAUAAGUCAGGCUUUGCCAGGCCGAACUUUUACUCGGCCAGCCUCGUUGAUAAUCCAGACGUGCAAAGCAAAGAGAUUCUCAUUCCUGAUGAGACAGUUGCUUUCUUUGCUGGCGUGUUAGAGAAAUUCUCGCAAUCGGAGAAUAUCUGGUUUAUGCGGCUGCAUGGUGGUUGUCGGGUGCAUAUAUUGCCUACUACUGAGAGCUCUGGUCAGGACCGCAAGGUUGUCAUCUCGGGUUCACCCCGGGCCGUGGAGGUGACAAUACAACGCAUCAUGGUGGUCAAAAAAAGACAGGAGCGUGGGGAUCCCCUAGUCGACAUUCAGAAGCCGCCACUGCCCAUUCUUCGCUCUCAUCUUGCGCUAGGCGAGAAUGGGAGAACUGUAACAUCGAUGAAUGCAGUCCGGGGUGUUUGGGGUUAUGUUUCGCGGCCGGGAGCGGAUUUCGAUACUUUGGUGGCCAGUUGGCCCAGUCUCACAACUGUGAGGCAGUUCGCGGAGCAUGUUGAACAGCUCACCAAAUCUGAACGAUCACCUGGACAUCAUACGCCUCAUCGACAGCGUGUCGCUAUGGCGUUACGGGAUUUGUUUUCUCAUGCCGACAAGGAACACUUAAUAUCUACUUUGGCAUUAAAUACAGCAGUCACAUAUCUGCUCAAGCAACAUUAUCGGGAUUUUGUCCGGGGAAUCCUCAACCGUGCAGGGCAUGUUGCCACUACCGAGACGUUCAAUAUUAUUCUGAAGUCUGUGGCCCGAAAUCAAAAUAUCGUUUCUUUCCGUACUGUUGUGGUUGUCAUGCGUCGGUUACGCAUUGCUCCUGAUGCCCGUACUUGGCUGGCCUUCCUCGACAGUCUUGUUUCGCCUCUGAACAAAGCACAUUUGGUCAGGGUAUUAGAGCGAAAGGGCUAUUUGCAGGACCGAUCUAUUGUCCGAACAUUGCUGCAGGUCAUGGUCAAGGAUCUCUUCAAGGCGCACCUCAGAGACGGCAGAACCGUGAGAGAAUUCUUUUACAAGACUAUCAUGGUCGCUGGAUCGAACUGGUUCCCACCGUCAUUAAUUAAGCAAAUGUUCACCGUCACAGUCCAACUAAGGAAUGUACACGCCAUGCAGGAGUUACUGAAAGUAUGCAAGGAGAAUCAGCUGCAGCUGCCAAGCGCUGUAGCAUACGAGGUUAUUCAUCUCUUCCCCCAGGACACCUUCAGCGCCGUGCACUACGUGCUCCAAUGUCUCGACAGCCCACAUGCCGAACUUGAUAAAGAGACCUACGAACAGCUCUUCGUCAAUGCCUUUCAGAAUAAACACUUCAACAUCUGCCGCGUGCUUUGGAGAUACGCCUGCAUGAAUGAGUCCACAACGAAACCCAUGAGGAGCACCUUGAACUUCCUUCUAACGCAAAAUAAAGCAUCAAACCGUUUCUCGGAAUGGGACCAACGAUGGUGGACGACCGCUGGCAAAGUCAUCGCUGGAGUCUGUCUACAUCUCCCCAAGUACCCGCUCAAGGAUGACCUCCUUCGUGUCAUCCCACCAGAAUUUCACGACAGUCCCCUCUCGGCCUUUGUAAAUUCUGGCACGGUCGAAGGGAAGGAACGUGCGAGGCAGCGCACAGCAGCCAAAGCAAUCGUUAGGCACGACUAUCAGAUUGGCGCGUGGUACCGGCCGAAAUACUCGGUGACACACAUGUUGGAGGCUGCUCUCGCUCUAGAUAAGGAAUGGGGCAGUGUUCCCCGUCCCGCGAAUUGGUUCUUACAAAACGCCCUCGACAUCCCUAUUGAGUUGGAUUUGAGGAAGCGCAAGAGACAUAAGAGGUAG